AUGAGUAGCGUCAGCUGGCCCUAUUUAUCCAAUCUACUUGAAACCCGUGCCCUAAUGAUAGGCUUCAGAGCCGUUUUAAUCACCACGAAUUUCGCCGCGCGGUUUGCCGCGUCUAUUCAGUUCUGGGUGAAUGUACCCAUACCCCAGCAUCGAUUACUUAGUUCUGGAAAGGUAAAUGUGAAAUUCAAGGGCGAUCGCGGCAUGCCAGGGCCACCAGGACCACCCGGUGCACCGGGAACAGCACAACUCCCGGCGCUAACAGAAUUCAGUAAUAACUGGCUCACCAAAAUAUCCAGAAGAAAUGUCAUUUACGAAUGGACUGGCUCUUACGUCAACCAGUGCUUCUUCAAAGAUCCCUUAGUAGUAGUUUGGAAGGUUAUUUUUCUCAUUUCAGCCAUUGUAAGAGUUUAUCCGAGCACACAUGAACUAUUCUCAUCUCGUGUGCAGAUUGGUACGUUGGCUUUUGCCACGGCCACUCAACAACUAUAUAUCAAAGUGAACAACGGUUGGAAAGAGGUUGCGCUCGGAGCCUUCUAUCCGAUGGUAGAACACUUCGCAUCGAGACAGAAUGGUCGGUCAGGUAGGGUUAGAUCCUCAGAUCUUCGGUCUACCUCUGGAUUUCAGAUCCACCUAAUCGCUCUCAAUGAGCCAUUCGACGGGAACAUGCACGGAAUGCGUGGCGCUGAUCUGCAAUGCUAUCGCCAGUCGCGAAUGGCCGGCUUUACGACUACCUUCAGAGCUAUGCUGUCCAGUGAUGUCCAGGACAUGCUCCGCAUUGUGCAUACCGCCGACUGGGAUACACCGGUGGUGAACAUUCGAGGCGAACAUUUAUUCGCCAGCUGGCGUGCAGUGCUGAAUGAUGGGCAGCGAAGCACACGACCGCUGUACUCGUUCAGCAGACACGAUGUGCUCACAGAACGUCAUUGGCCAGAAAAACGUAUUUGGCACGGUUCGGCGACCGGCGGCAUACGUGCUGGCGAUUACUGUGACGGAUGGAGGUCGAAUUAUUGUAAGGAAACAAAGUUAAGUACAAACUAUCACAGUAAUUCAAUUACGAAUAUGUCGAAAUUCCAUGGAGACAAAAUCCUGAAGAAAAGACGAUUGGGCAAAGUGAUAUGGUGA